AUGGGGCAGGGAAAUCAGCGUCUGACCGCUAUUUUCCGGAGGUCUCACCUCAAUGCAGCUGCAUCUGUCGGCGAGUUCAGCUUCCAACCGCUCAGCGUCCCACCGCUAAUUUCUCCUCCAGGUCGUCACCCCAAGGUCCCUGUUCAGGCGCCAAUUGAAGCCUCAUCAUCCCUCACCAUUGGCAAAGGUUCUCUCGGCUUUUGUUUGAACUGCUGUUCUCAAGAAGAUGAUUUUUUAUAUGAAACUGGAAAAAAGCGGUGCAACGUGGGUGUCUCAUCGGUGAAAGAUGCCUCGCUUGGUGUGAUUGAUGGCCUCCGCGCCCGCGGCCUCGCUGCUCCGCCCCUGGGUGACGAUGCUUGCAUCAUCGGCGUGCUUCGAAUCACCGACCCGGUUCCCGGCUCUUCCCGCGCCCCAGUACGGCCGCCUGCGAUCUCGGCUCGCUCGUCCGCGAACUGGUUUCCCCCGCGAUCUGCUCCCGCCCCGCCCGACGCGCUCUCCGACUGCGUUCCGCUGUGCUCCGCGCCCCGGCGAGAUAGGGUCCCGUUGUGGGUCCCGGAAAAUCCCGAUUGCGGCCCCGAGUGCACGGAGUGUGUGUGGUGUGAACGGAUCCGUGUUCUGUGGUCUCGUGGUUUUGUGUGUUUGUGUCUUCAGGUGUGGAAGAAUUAUUGGUGCACCGUAUGUAUCGUGGUCUGUGGGAGUUUGUCCAGCCAGAAAAUUUUUGCAUUCGAGUGGGAAAGCCCUAAAACUGGAAGAAAAACUCAGCUCGCAUGGUGUGUGUUACCGCAGGGGUACAAGAACUCCCCCACUAUAUUUGGGGAACAGCUUGCCAAGGAUUUAGAGUCCUGGGAACCUCCACCAGGAGAAGGACAGUUACUCCAGUAUGUGGAUGAUCUCUUAAUAGCUACCCAGACCCAGGAGACAUGCGUGGACUGGACGGUAAGCCUCCUAAACUUUCUAGGCCUGCAGGGGUAUCGAGUAUCCCAGAAGAAAGCCCAAAUGGUGAGGCAAACAGUUAUUUACCUGGGUUACGAAGUAAGUGCUGGACAAAGGACUCUGGGGCAGGAUCGCAAGGAAGCAAUAUGCCAGACCCCAAAACCUCCGACAGUGAAAGAACUAAGAACCUUUUUAGGCAUGACAGGGUGGUGCAGACUGUGGAUUUAUAACUAUGGGUUGCUUGUUAAACCUCUGUAUGCCUUGAUCACGGAAGGGAGCAGAGAUCUUCAGUGGACAAAAGAUGCAACCCGAGCCUUCAACCAACUAAAGAAAGCCCUUAUGUCAGCUCCAGCCCUAGGACUUCCAAACGUGAGUAAACCAUUUUUCCUUUUUUCUCAUGAGAAGCAGGGGAUUGCCUUGGGAAUAUUAGCACAGAACUUAGGCCCGUACCAGAGGGCAGUGGCCUAUCUUUCCAAGCAACUGGACACAGCAGCUAAAGGAUGGCCAGGGUGCCUCAGAGCAGUUGCAGCAGUAGCAAUAAACAUCCAAGAAGCACGCAAAUUCACCCUAGGCCAGAAGAUGACUGUGCUAGUAUCUCACACAAUGUCUGCAGUCCCUUUCCUGUGA